GCAGGCGCAGUAGCCGGGCGACGGAGCGUGUGUUUCCAAAAUGGCGGCAGCGAUGGAUGUGGAUACCCCGAGCGGCACGAACAGCGGCGCGGGCAAGAAGCGCUUUGAAGUGAAAAAGUGGAAUGCGGUAGCCCUCUGGGCCUGGGAUAUUGUGGUUGAUAACUGUGCCAUCUGCCGGAACCACAUUAUGGAUCUUUGUAAUCUUGUUCCAGAUGAAGGGGGCAUCCAGAAGUGCUUAGACCCAGCUUCUGCCCGCAUAGAGUGUCAAGCCAACCAGGCGUCUGCUACUUCGGAAGAGUGCACCGUUGCGUGGGGAGUCUGUAACCAUGCUUUUCACUUCCACUGCAUCUCCCGCUGGCUCAAAACACGGCAGGUGUGUCCGUUGGACAACAGAGAGUGGGAAUUCCAAAAGUAUGGGCACUAGAAAAAGAAUUCUUCCAUCAAGCUCAACUGUAUCAUUAGCCAUUUAAUGGCUUGCCCUCCAGUUACUUAAUUAUAAAUUAGAUAGAACCGUGUUUUUUCUGCUUUGUCUUUUCAGUUUGCUAUUCCUACACCCAUAUUGUAUUCUGUGUCAAAUAAAAUCCAGUUGGAUUCUAGAA